CGGGCCGGGAAGGAGAGCCGCCACCACCGCCUUACAAGGGACCCCGCCAUGCCUUGCUUCGGCCCCCCCUUAGCCAACCAGGCAGGGAUCGUGUGAAGGCUGCAGCGGGCAUAACUUCCCCUCGCUCGCCAGCUCGCACGGCCAGCAGCGGGCGGAGGGCAAGGAAGCUCCCCGCGGCCCGCCGGCCGGGCACCCAACGGCUUGUUCUCCUAAUUCUCCCCCAAGUCCUGAAGUCGAACCUCCGAGGCGAAACGGCGGCUUCAGCCGACUUCUUCCCUUUCCUCUGCCUCCCCAUGGAUAUGCACUGCAAAGCAGACCCCUUCUCCGCGAUGCACCCAGGGCACGGGGGUGUCAACCAGCUCGGGGGGGUGUUUGUAAACGGCAGGCCCCUACCGGACGUGGUGCGGCAGAGGAUCGUGGAGCUGGCUCACCAGGGCGUGCGGCCUUGCGACAUCUCCCGGCAGCUCCGGGUCAGCCACGGCUGUGUCAGCAAGAUCCUGGGCAGGUAUUACGAGACCGGGAGCAUCAAACCCGGCGUGAUCGGUGGCUCCAAGCCCAAGGUGGCUACCCCGAAAGUGGUGGAUAAAAUCGCCGAGUACAAAAGGCAGAACCCCACCAUGUUCGCCUGGGAGAUUCGCGACCGGCUCCUGGCGGAGGGCAUCUGUGACAACGACACCGUCCCCAGCGUCUCCUCCAUCAACCGGAUCAUCAGAACCAAAGUACAACAGCCUUUCCACCCAACACCGGAUGGGAGCGGAACAGGGGUAACUGCAUCUGGACAUACUAUAGUUCCCAGUACAGCUUCCCCUCCUGUCUCCAGUGCCUCCAAUGAUCCAGUGGGCUCCUACUCCAUUAAUGGGAUUCUGGGGAUUCCUCGAUCAAAUGGUGAGAAGAGGAAACGUGACGAAGAAGUAACAGAAAGCUCGGUCCCCAAUGGCGAUUCCCAGAGCAGUGUGGAUAGUUUGCGGAAGCAUCUUCGUGCCGAUACUUUCACACAACAGCAACUGGAAGCAUUAGAUCGCGUCUUUGAGCGGCCUUCUUACCCUGAUGUCUUUCAGGCAUCAGAGCACAUCAAAUCUGAGCAGGGUAAUGAGUAUUCCCUCCCAGCUCUGACCCCUGGUCUUGAUGAAGUCAAGUCAAGUCUAUCCACCUCUGCUAACCCAGACCUGGGGAACAACGUGUCAGGACCCCAGACAUACCCUGUAGUGACUGGUCGUGACAUGGCAAGCACAACUUUGCCUGGCUACCCACCACAUGUUCCACCAACUGGACAAGGCAGUUACCCAACAUCAACUCUUGCAGGAAUGGUGCCUGGGAGUGAAUUCUCAGGCAAUCCUUACAGCCACCCUCAGUACACAACCUACAAUGAGGCUUGGAGGUUCAGCAAUCCUGCAUUACUAAGUUCCCCUUAUUAUUAUAGUGCCACAUCCCGGGGCUCCGCACCUCCCACUGCUGCCGCUGCCUAUGACCGCCACUAACUACCAUGGAAACCACAUGAAACUGCAGGGUGACAGCCUAGGCCUCCAUAUUGUACCUGUCUGAUGGACAUUCUGCACCGCCUGGAAGAAAACAACAUCCCUCCCCUCCACCUUCUAUUCCUCAGUAUUCUUUCAGACUGCAGAAUUUACUGACAUCACAAGACUGAAAAAUGUCAUAUCCCUUGCAAACUAGCCAAGCUACUCCAUUUGGGUAAUGGGAACACCAAGUUUGUGGCCAGUGGUUCUGCUGUCUCUGUUGCAAAUUACCACUGCAAUAUUUCAGACUCCUCCUGGGUGAAUUCUUCAAUUUCUUCCACAUGAGUCUUCUCUAACUGUCAGACGAAUGGAGAGUGAUAUGGGCAGUCAGUAGCAGAGGAGAAUGCUACUUAUAAUUCAUUGUCUCCCCCCCCGCCCCCUAAAAAUGAUCAUCUAUGAAAAAGAACUCAGAAUGAUCAACAGUCAAAUUUCCAGAAGCAUGAGGGAAACAUGCAGCUCAGCCUAAUGAAGGGGGAAAGACUGUGCAUCAUCUGCUGUAUUUCACAAAGGUUUCCUUGUGUGGUACAUUCCCUCUCAUUCCUAUAUAGGUUGGUUGAAGUAAUUAGGUCUUGCUUUCUUCUCAUUUGAAGGUUGACCAUUUAUUUACAUCCUGUUUGUCAAAAUCUUACAAGCUGAAGGUGAACAAGCAAUCACACCCAUAAAACAUAGAGAGUCAAAGUCAGAAAGAAGGAUGGAGAGAUGUCAACCAACCAUCAGAAUGAAGAACUAUACAAGUGGAUAUAUAAAUAUAACUGCUUUUAAUGCUUUGUCCUGAAAGUCUAUAAAUGGAGGAGGAAAAUAAAUGAUACCCCAGUUUUCUGAAAAAGUAAAGUCAUGAUAGAGUAAGCUGAAAUGCCACCCCAACUUCAAUGAUAGACACAUUUUCCUGGGUUUCAUUCUUUUCCUUUUAUGCACACAGGAAUAUUCAUGUAUGGCAAUGAGAAGAGCGAGUAUAUUUUGUGGGCAGCCAUCUGCACAAUAUACAAAUUUGGCAACAAUUUAGGAAAAAAAUGAAAAUCCAUUCUUUAUGUGUACCAUGCAUUUGAUUAGUUGCCAGCCAAAAUAUUGCUUUUUGCUGGGGAAUUUAAUAGUUUGGGCAACUGACAACGAAUCCAAAUAAUUCCAUUUAAAACAGAGAUUAUUAUUAUUAUUUUGGUUCGCUACCUUUCAGUUUCUGCCAUUCAUAUAGAAACAUCAGGUAGGAAUAAAAGUAUGAGAAAUGACAUAUUGCAAAACAAAAUGUUGAAAUAUUAGAAAAAUAGAUUUCAGUUCCAGAAUGUGAGGCCUUCUCUUCUAAUUUACAGAAACAAAAGAAAGGAUACACACACGCACACCAGCCGCAUGUUUACAAUUUGGUCACAACUUGAUUUGAGAAUGGGCAGAUAAGCGAUUGUGCCAUUGCCAAUUCAUGCCAAAUCUAAAAUUUCAAACUCAUUCUAAACUUGCCAUCUAAUGCCACAGACAAUAUAGCAUUAUAUAAAAAUCACACACAAUGCCUAUCACCUAUCUGGAUCAAUCUUAUGAUCUAUCUUGGGGUUUUGUUUUUUUUUUGUUUUCUUUCUUUCUUUCUUCUUUUUUUUUUUUGGCUAUGCCAUAAUUCUCUCUCUCUCGCCAAUUGCUCAAGCCUGCUAUUCUGUGUGAAAUAAGUUGAAGAUUCCCCUCCCCCCCCCCACAUUGACCAUAUGUUUUUUGUUUCCUUGUGGUUGCCCAAAUCUGUUGGGGGGGCUUCGCUUGGGCCCAUUGCAUCUCAAAUGCUAAUAUCAUGGCCUUUCUCCGGCUCUGCUUUCUUGGCUUCCUUCCCUUUUAUUGAAAUAAAAAAUUAUAAGAUACAUAAUAAAAGAAAUUUUAAAACUCGGAUUUGUGAAAACUUGACUACGUCUAGUAGGGUCUUGGCCUCAGAGAAAGGAGAAGAGCAACCCACUCCUCUUUUAGCAGAGUGAGAGUCAUGAAGGAAAGUGACAGCAUAGGAUGCCUCCUAGAGCAAAAGGUUUCAUUUCCAAAGCCUCUUCUUACCGUAUUUUUCGGAGUAUAAAACGCACCUUCCCCCCCCCCAAAAGAGGGUGAAAAUUUGGGUGCAUCUUAUACACCGAAUGUAGCCACGCCCACCCACUGGCCACCACCCUUUGGCCUCUGCCUUCCAGCAGUUUACCUCCUUGCAGCAAGCAGCAAGAAGAAACAGCCCAUUUCAGCUUCGGCACAGCCUAAUUAGCACAAGUUGAUUGUCAGUUUGAUCGGCCUCCCGACUCUCAGCUGUUUCAGGCUGCAGGGUUUGCCAUUGCCUAUUGCUGCGCGGGCCUCUGCUGCUUGCUGCAAGGAGGUAAAUUGCUGGGAGCAGAUUUUUUUUCUUGUGCUAAUCAAGCUAUGCUGAAAACAAAAAUGAAAGUAAAGCAGGCUGUUUGCUGUUUGCUGCAAUGAGGCAAAAUUGCUGGGAGGCAGAGGCAGAUUUCUUUUUCUUGUUUUCCUCGCCAAAAAAGGUAGGUGCGUCUUAUAGUCCGGAGCGUCUUACACUCCGAAAAAUACGGUAUGUGUUCUAAUUUCCAUGUAAUUCUCACUUAAAGCAAAUGACAUGCAAAUGAAGUGGACCUUUUUCACCGUAACUGUCUUACCUCUUCUUGCCAUAACAAUAUUCCAUUAUUAAAAUACCCUUUAUGCAAAUGUCUUGUCAUAAUGUAAGAAUGUUGUAAAUCCUAUAAAAAAUAUGGAACAUCAUGCAUGAUCAUGAUGAAAUCCAUGGUGGAUUUCAGACUUAUUAAAAUCUAGUGUUUCCUUCAGUGAGUUAGUGAAGUCUCUCAAGAUAAUCCAGUCUAGGAUCUCCUGAUCUAUACAGAGAAGGGAGAAGAGGUCAUCUUUGUCAAUGUCCUGCACUCUUGAGCACUAUCUCCCACAAUAUUGAAAAAGAUUUUCCCUCCUUCCUCCUGAGCAGAGAGAGAGAAGAAUUAUCACUUCCCUUUUCCGCAAGUAGAGAUUUUCUGUCGGACCUGGAGAAGAAAGGAAAUACAAUUUACAUACAGUAAUGGCCAAAAUUGUGGAAACCUUUUGGGAAAAGUGUAUUUUCUAAAACUAGCUAAUGACACCACUUUUUUUUUUGAAGUAGUACCAUAAAAUUAUAUAUCAAUGGAAAGAUAAUUUAAUCAAGAAUGCAAUGCAAUAACUUGUGAAGGAUUAGCUAUUAGAAUAGCAGUUACAGUAUGAAGAAGAAAAGUGAAACACGUAGAAAAAAUGAGAUAUACAAAAAUUAUCACCAUAGAAAAAUCAAGGUAUACAAAACUGAUCACCAUGUCAGUUAAUACUUAGUUGGGUAACUUCAGCAUGAAUUACGGCCUUACAACAUCUUUCCAUGGAGUGAACCAAGUCUUAGUUCUGCAGCUGUUCUAAUGUGAAACCAAGAUUGAAUGAUUGCUUCUAUUAACUGGGUUUUAUUGCUGGGUCGCUUCUGACUAACAAGUUUCUUUAGUCGGCUCCAUAGAUUUUCAAUUGGGUUAAGAUCUGGGCUAUUCCCAGGCCAUUCCAGCAAUGGAAUAGGAUUAUCUUGAAACUCCAAAAAAAAAAAAAAAAAAGUGGUGUCAUUAGCCAUCAAACUUCAAAAAUACACUUUUCCCAAAAGGUUUCCACAAUUUUGGCCACUACUGUAAAUGAUUGUAGGGAGCACAAGAUGCUCAUAUGCAUCUUGUGUAUAUCUAAUGUUAAACCCUCCAAAGAGAAGCAAGGUCUUCUCAUUAGGAGCUUUUGAGAUAAGAGAGGAGCAAGUGUUCAUAGACAACUAAAUAUACUUGCUUGCCUCCCAUUUGAUACAUUCUCCAAGAGGAUAGAUCCACUUUCAAGCAACCUUAAAGCAGGAGGCUUUGCAAAUCAACAAACUGUCAAUAUUGGGUUCUAAGAAAUGGUUGUAUUUUUGCUUUAUAGAGCCUUUCCAUGAGAUUAUCCCUCAUGACCAUUGCCAUGAGCCAGAACUCUUUCUGUUGUUCUCCAUAAUACCAUUGAAAUGUGUUGCUAUUAUUGGAUCACAAAAAUCAUCUAGGCUGUGUUUUUUUUUUUAAUUAAAAAAAGAAUUUUUAUUGAUAGCCCCAAAUUAAAAGAUCUGGAAAUGCACUUAUUCUUUUAUACCUUCUAUAGCCUACUAAAGAUUUGCAAUCAAAAAUCAUUUCAAUGACACCUUUAUCCCAAAUUAAUUUUAAGAUUAAAGGCAACAAAAACCAAUUAUCAUCAUUAACAUACAUAGUUAAUCAUCUGGUUAUUGUAAUAUUUAAAAUUGCCCGGACAAUAGCAUUAAAUAUGGAUUCCCAAACAAUUGGGAAUCGCUAUUUGAGCCAUUCUAAAAACUAAUUAGGGUCCAACAUAUCCCUGAAGAUCAUUCAUGUAUUCCCUCAACUUGAUUAUGCCAAAAUGGAAGAAUAAUCUCAUCUUUUGAAAACCUCUGACCCAGGAAAUCAUUAGGGAAAGAGUAACUGGAAUAAUCUGAUCUGUUAUUCAUUUUUUUUUAAAAAAAUAACUGGUAGAAAAGUGAAUGUGUUAUUGUUCAUAACUUUUGGCUUAACUUCAGGCCAUUGACAUGGAUAAAAUUACACAAACUUUGAUUUGGUCUGGCAUAUGAUCACUAGAAGGGCAAGCAGUUGACUUUGGAACAUCCUAUUCAAAGGGCCAAGUUGUGCCUUGGUCUAUCUUCCAGCUCUUUUUUUUUUCAAGAGCCACCUGCAAAUGUGUGCAUAACAUUUGCCAAAGAAUUUCUAUGUUGGACCCUGGUUGUUUUGAAUUCCAUUUAAAGAUUGCAUUGUAAAGCAGACUUAUAGUUACAAUUAGGAACUGAAAUGGGGAUGUAUGCGAUGAUAUUAAACAAAAAAAAAAUAAUAACCCCAAUCCUUCAAUAUUCAUAUAGAUUCCUUUGGAGUGGACUAUGCAGGAAGCACAAAAAAAUUCUAUCGAUUAUUUAAUAUUUUAUUAUUUGUCGGGGGAACGGAAUUACUGCUUUGUAGAAAGAUGAUGUGUGUAAUGUGAAGGCAAUUCCUCUUGUAUAUAAGCCCAUUCUACAUCUUUAUCAUGCUAGUGGUUGAAACAGGCUCAUCCCAUCGUGUAAAUAAGGAAUGCAUUGUCUGUACUGCUUGAAUCUCAUUGUGCUCACUGACAACAAAACCCAGUGUUCAAUAAAGCACAGCACAAAUUCAGAA